UCUCUGUUCCUUGGGGAUGAAAGUUAUGGUCGGAAUUCAGGCUAUUAUUGCCUGCUGGAGGCAGUACGAGACAUUUUCGAGAGAGGCGAGGCCCGAAAGCACACGGUGGACAUGUUCACAGGGGUCAACAAAACCGUCGACCAAAUGACACCCAUUUUCUUGGAACAACAUGAGGGUGGUUUCGUAAAUGGAGGAAUUCACCAACUCUGCCGGCCCAACGCAUUCAUUCUGCCGCAGGGCAGGUGCGCGGAGUAUAUACUGUUUAGCACUUUGUCAAGGCUGCUUUCCUAAACCCAUCCAGGCAAUAAAUUUUAUAUCCCGAACAACGGCCAUUUCGACACAACCGGCGCCAACAUCGCUGCCAGCGUAGUGCCGGUCAAUAUCAUGCACCCUGACCUUUUGGCUCCCUUUGACGCCAGCCUGGUGAGAACCACAAAUCCAUUCAAAGGGAACAUGGACCCCGCCUAAUUAAUAAAAUUUAUCGAAUCGAAGGGAGUCGAAAAUGUGCCGAUGAUCAUCUUGACUAUCACUAAUAACACGGCGGCAGGGCAGCCGGUGUCUCUCGCCAACAUCCGGGAAAUCAAAAGCAUUGCGGACCGUUACGACCUGCCGCUGUUCUUUGAUGCCUGCAGGUUCGCCUAAAACGCUUAUUUCAUUAAGCAGUUUGAGCCCGGGUGCAAAGACAAGAGCGUCCAGAUCGUGAAGGAGAUGUUCGCUUCGGCAGACGGAUUCACGAUCAGCUUCAAGAAAGACGGGCAUUCGAACAUCGGCGGGGGUCUGUUUUUCCGUGACCGAGGGGUGUUCCACCGCAAGUACAGUAUCAAACAGGACAUCGGGGUGGUCCUUAAGGAAAAGCAGAUUCUGACGUUCGGCAACGACUCCUAUGGCGGCUUGUCAGGCCGGGAUAUACUGGCCCUGGCGAUCGGACUUUACGAAGCCACUGAGGAAGAAUACUUGGCAGGGCGGCUGGGACAGACCCGCGACCUCGCUCUUUCCCUGCAUGCAGCGGGCGUGCCAGUGAUCCUCCCGCCGGGUGGGCACGCGGUCUACAUCGACAUGGACCGGUUCUUCAAAGAGCCGCAGCCAUUGCUAAGCUUCAAGGGGGUUGGGCUGACUAUUGAACUGAUCCGGCAGUUCGGCAUCAGGUGCUGUGAACUUGGUCCUUUCGCAUUUGAGUGGGACCAGAAGGACGAAGAGGGCAGGAAAGGGAUUCUCAAUCUGGUCAGGUUGGCGAUUCCUCGCAACAUGUACGGCAAGGAGCACAUGGAUUACAUCACUGCCGCAGUGUCAGCCCUUCACCGCAAUAGCGAGUGCAUCCCCUCAGUGCGAGUGUCCAGAGGCAAGUAGCUGAGACUCAGGCAUUUCCAGUCCGGCCUCGAACCGAUUUAUCCCGAAUGA